CGGAGAGGAUGGCAUCCACAGGCAUCGUCUACCUCGCUCUGUGGCUCACCUCAGUCUUCACCGCCGGACUCGGAUGCCCGGAGCUUUGUACCUGCUCAGAUAAAUACGAACGCCAUUUUGCUGAAUGCUCCUACAAAGAUUUAGUGCAAGUCCCAGGCGAUUUGCCUCCUAAUGUGACGACUGUGAGUCUCUCCGCCAAUAAGAUCACUUUGCUACCAAUCGGGUGCUUUGAUAACGUCACCCAGGUGACGUCGCUGUGGAUGGCCCACAAUGAGAUUGUCUCAAUCGAAGAAGGGGCCCUCACACCUUUGGUUCAUCUGCGCAACUUUGACAUCAGCCACAAUAUGAUUGUAGACUUUCCUUGGGAGGAUCUGCAGAACCUGACAGGCCUUCAACUGCUGAAGAUGAACCACAACGAGAUGGUCCAUCUGCCGAAGGACGCCUUCUACAACCUCAAAGACCUGAGGUCCCUCCGACUCAAUAACAACAAAUUCAUAACUAUAACUGAAGGGACGUUUGUCGGUUUGGUUUCUUUGUCCCACUUGCAGAUUUAUAAAAAUCCUUUUGCAUGCGACUGCUCCCUCGGUUGGCUCAGAGACUGGAUUUCAUCAACUGCGAUCACAGUCCCGGAGCAGAAUCUGAUCAUCUGUGCGUCUCCGCAGAAACUGAGAGGGAAAGCGAUAGGAAUAUUACCCAAGUCAAAGUGCACGGGCACCAACGUGACGAUACGGGCCGAGCCAAAUAUUCAUAACAUGACUUUCUACGAAGGGAGUGCGUUGGUCUUGACUUGUGAGUUCAGAGGAAACCCAAAGCCUCUGGUGAUUUGGAAUAUCCACAGCGAAAGUCGGAAGGAAGAGCUGGCUUUGUCCUUUGCUGAAGAUGACUCGGCAGAAUCCAAUGAGGACUCCUUACUGUCCCACGGUCCCGUCAAAGUCUUUAAUAACGGGACUCUUGUCAUUUCGCACCUCAGGAGGGAAGACAGCGGCAGCUACAACUGCUCGGCCACAAAUGAGAACGGAAGAGCACAGGAUUCAGUGUCAGUGGUGGUGGUGGCUUUAACUAAACCAACACCUACCGAACAAAAGACCACAACACCUACUUACACUAAAUCACACCUGCCUAUAAUGAAAACAACACACAAAACAUCCGUUUUGGACUUUGUACAUCUCCCUGAUUUGAAGAGAAAAGACAUGAUGAAAAUCGAACCCACUUUUCCGCCAGAUGAGAAUAUCAGGUCUGAGGAGACAACCAAUCCAUCGGGUACUAGUACAUGUGGCUUGACGGCUAACACAAGAAACAUUUCUAGCCAAGUCUUUAGCGGGAGUUUGGAAGAUACCAAGCAGUACACAUUUGACUUUGGUGUCAUUGCUUUAGCCGUAUCAGAAACAGAGGCAACCGUCCGGCUCAAUCCUCUCCUCAUACCCAGGUACGACAGCGCCAAUGGGGCCGCCGCCGCAUCCGAUGAGAGCUCCGACAUUGACAGCGAAGAGCAUGACAGCUUUUCCGACCUCUCUAAAAAGGCCAAUUCUGAUGGCUUGUACCUGUGCAUCACCGGCGACCGAAAACACUCAGCGGUGCAGUGGUCGAGGAUCAAAGAAGGAGUCGGCACGUAUCUGUUCAGCGGUUUGCGCCCCAGCACCAACUACUCGCUGUGUCUGACCUACAGAGGGGAGGACUGCGAGGUCCAGGUGCUGUUCACCACCAGGAGGCGGGUACCCAACCUGCUCAUCAUCAUCUCCGUCAGCAUCUGCCUCCUCACUGUAUCCACCGUGCCUCUCCUCGGUGCCACCUGCUUCCACCUGGUGUACAAAUACCGCAGCAAGACCUACAAGCUGAUCCUGAAGGCCAAAGGCCAGUACCACAUGGAGAGGAACCUCACCGCCAACUUUAACGUCCGCGCGCCUCACACCGAGUCCCGGAGGAAGAUCGACAGCGGCCGGCUGGACGAGGAGGAGGGGGAGACGGAGAGCGGGGACGGAGAGAAGGAGGCGGAUACGGAAGAGAGUAUCAUGACUGAGUCCUUUUCUCUGUCACAUUGCAGAGGCAAUUCAGACAACUGUGAGGUUGGAUCGGAGUAUAGUGAUAGGUUACCUUUGGGCGCUGAAGCAGUGAAUAUUACAAGCAGCUAGAAGUAUCUAAAUCACUCAUUUUCAACAUCAUUUGUCAUUUAGUUUUUGCUUGUGGUUGAAGGGUAAAAAUAUCAUCUUCUUAAAAGGCGUAUACGUCAUCACAGAUGUUACAUCUUAGUUGCUGGACUGAUGUUUUCAAAUUAUUCUUGUGUUUUUUGUCAGGAAGCGAUUUGCCGUCACAAGGCAGCGCGCUUUAAGCACAGUCUGCUUUGCUGUAUUUGACUCUAAAUGAACAACAUGUUGAAUUGAAGAAGCCUUUUGAAUUGCAUUUGAGUCAUAAACUCAUUUUUUUAAUGUUGACUGACUUUAGAAGUAGAGUCAUUUUCUCAAAGACGUUUAUUCAAUCAAGCUUCUUUUUGCUACGAGAGGAACUGCCCCCUGCUGGUCAUUUGAAACAACGCGAGCUUAUGUCACUUCUCAGACUGGUAGGAUACAUCCACUUUGUUUAAACGGUCCAUGGGGAAAUCAUUUUGUGCCAAUGCAUAAGGUUCUCUUUAGCAUUGCACAGGCAGCCCAGACAUGUUGCUUUGUUCCAGCUUGAAGUACAGCGGCUUGCUUCACUUGCAGAGCUGCAUCAUUCAGUCGCCGGAUAGUGGAUGUUUUACAGAAACUAAACCAGCUUGUGAUCCAGAGAGAGAACCUGGAUCACGACAUCAAAGGAUUCAAUGUUUGUGCAGCUUCUCAAUAUAAAGUAAAAUAAAUAUAAUGACUAAUAUCAUGAUCAUUUGUGAGCAUGAGUAACGUUGAAACAAAUCUUUCCAAAAUAAAGGAAAACACAAUUGUUGGUUUAACAGAGAGUUGGAACAUAAAUUCCCCUCUUACAUUGGUCAGAUAAAUAUGCUGCUAUAGCAAGUUAGCUUAGCUUAGCACAAGACUAAAAACAGCUUUAGUUUGUCUACUAAAAAGCACAUAGAAAGUGCACAGCUCCACAACUGUGCACAACUCUUUUAUCUUAAUGAUAGAAGAUGCAAAGAAUUAAAAAACAUAUAUAUAUAUAUAUAUCCAGUUCUGCACCAAAUGACACAAAGUGAUAGACAAUCGUGGGAUGCAUGAAUCAGAUACAAUAUUUGAAAAUCUCUUAGGUUACUAUUUCCUAAGAGGCUACUCGCAAAAAAACGCUUUUACUUGAAAUUUGGCCUUUAUUUUCAUAUUUAAAGCAGUAAAGAGGAACAGCAUAACAGUACAGAUGAUUUGUGGGAAAUCAGCAAAACAGGUCAUAUAAUAAUAAUUUGUAUGCACACUGACGCUUCAUGUUUAAAUAAGGGGGACAAAUGUGCCAAAUGAUUUCGGUCCUGGAAAGAUGAAGGCUUGUUGUUCCCCUGUUCUGCUUUCAAUACAAAAUUGUGGGUUGAGGUUAUCCAAAAGCAUCCUAAUCAAGAUACUUAAACGAUGUGUACUUGGAUUUAAUUACCCUAUACAUUUUUGACAGGUAUUUAGUAAUUGUAUUAAAAUACAUAUAUGGUAACCCUCUCUACCCUGGAAAUAUCCAACUUCACAGAGUAAAGCAAAACACCAAAUGAGGGAACAUAUUAAGCCCUUGGCGGCAUUACAAUGAAACUUAUUUGUUUAUUGGAGCUUUUGGACGAGUUUGUCAGGGAAAUGUCGAUGCUACAGCUGAAAUCUUUUCUGGAAAUAGACGUUGAAUUAUUUUAUUGUUGUAGCAAAAAGUAUAACUGUACACUUAAUGCCUUAGUCUGUUUAUUAAGAGAGUUUUUCUUAAAAAUUCAAUGUUCCUAAGAAGCUAAUGUGUGAAAUUAAGAAGACAAAAUGUCCCCGACAAUAUGAUUAAGGGAAGUGUCACUUAGCUUCAGGCAGUAUAAAUGAGCUAAAUAUUACUUGCAGUAAACGUGUGCUGACGUAUUAGGACUGCAGGAGCUGAUAAGUUGAUAAACUCAAUCUUCCGAUAUGACUUUAAAUGUUUGGCAAAUUCUGAUGUUUCAACGAGAAAAUGAUGAGGGUAAAUGUUUUAAUGUCAAAUAAAACUGUACGCUACGCUAUAUGUUGAGUAUUAUCCCCACUCUACUGCAUACUGUGUGUAACAAUCUGCUCCGAGUGAGAAUGUGAAGCCUCGUUGUUUCUGGGUCAUGUGUCCAUCUCGCUGUAUUCCCCGGCGUUCUGUGUUAGAAGACCUGCAUGCUGCCUGUAGUUGAGAGCCGCAGCAUGGCUGGGUAUCGUGUUGAUAUUCUUGACCUAGAAAGUACUUUUUUUUUCUGUUUCAUACCCCUGUGAUAAAGGAAGUAGGUCUUCACCAAAGUGUUUAAAUAACUCUCCUUGUCCUAUGUGCCUCAAUAAAGUUUUGACAAAGGAAAACUGA